UGAAGUGUCGUAAAGCAGAAAGGAAGGCGGGAGUCCGGACUGGGAACAUCAGGGAAACCUGAGCAGCGGAGGCCGCUAUGGCGAAUGGCUCGUGGGCCGAGAUUCGUGAGAAGUUCCAGGCCGCGCUGGCUCUGUCGCGGGUAGAACUGCAUAAAAACCCCGAGAAGGAACCGUACAAGUCCAAAUACGGCGCCCGAGUUCUGCUGGAAGAGGUCAAAGCGCUGCUGGGCCCCGCGCCCGAGGACGAGGAUGAGCGGCCUCAGGCCGAGGACGACGUGGGCGCGGGGGACUCCGCCCUGGGGCUGCUGGCUGAGCUGGUGGAGGUCGAGGGGCCCGUCGCCCAGGGCGCGGUGAGGCUGGCGGUCAUUGAGUUCCACCUCGGGCUGAACCACAUCGACACGGAGGAGCUGUCGGCGGGGGAGGAGCAUCUGAUGAAAUGCCUGAGGCUGGUGCGCAGGUACCGGUUGUCGCCCGACUGCGUCUCGCUGUACAUCCAGGCGCAGAAUAAUCUGGGUAUCUUGUGGUCUGAAAGAGAAGAAAUUGAAACAGCACAAGCUUACCUAGACUCAUCAGAAGCACUAUAUCUUCAGUAUAUGAAAGAGAUUGGGAGUCCUCCUCUUGAUCCUACUGAGCAUUUUCUUCCUGAAGAAGAGAAACUUACUGAACAAGAGAGAUCAAAAAGAUUUGAGAAGGUUUAUACUCAUAACCUAUAUUACCUGGCUCAAGUCUACCAGCAUAAGGAAGUGUUUGAGAAGGCUGCUCAUUAUUGCCACAGUACCCUAAAACGCCAGCUUGAGCACAAUGCCUACCAUCCUAUAGAGUGGGCUAUUAAUGCUGCUACCUUGUCACAAUUUUACAUCAAUAAGCAAUGCUUUAUGGAGGCCAGGCAUUGUUUAUCAGCUGCUAAUGUCAUUUUUGGUCAAACUGGAAAGAAUCCAACCACAGAAGACACUACUGAAACUGAAGGAGAUGUGCCAGAGCUUUAUCAUCAAAGAAAAGGGGAAAUAGCAAGAUGCUGGAUCAAAUACUGUUUGACACUCAUGCAGAAUGCUCAACAUUCUAUGCAGGACAACAUAGGAGAACUUGAUCUUGAUAAACAAUCUGAACUGAGAGCUUUAAGGAAAAAAGAACUCGAUGAGGAAGAAAGCAUUAGGAAGAAAGCUGUGCAGUUUGGAACCGGUGAGCUCUGUGAUGCCAUCUCUGCAGUGGAAGAGAAAGUGGGCUACUUGAGACCUUUAGAUUUUGAAGAAGCCAGAGAACUUUUCUUACUGGGUCAGCACUAUGUCUUUGAAGCGAAAGAGUUCUUUCAGAUUGAUGGUUAUGUCACUGACCAUAUUGAAGUUGUCCAAGACCACAGUGCUCUGUUUAAGGUGCUUGCGUUCUUUGAAACUGACAUGGAGAGACGGUGCAAGAUGCAUAAACGUAGAAUAGCCAUGCUAGAGCCCCUAAUUGUGGAUCUGAAUCCACAGUAUUAUCUGUUGGUCAACAGACAGAUUCAGUUUGAAAUUGCACAUGCUUACUAUGACAUGAUGGAUUUGAAGGUUGCCAUUGCUGACAAGCUGAGGGAUCCUGAUUCACACAUUGUAAAAAAAAUUAAUAAUCUUAAUAAGUCAGCAAUGAAGUACUACCAGCUCUUCCUAGACUCCCUGAGAGACCCAAAUAAAGUGUUUCCUGAGCAUAUAGGGGAAGAUGUGCUUCGCCCUGCCAUGUUGGCCAAGUUUCGAGUUGCUCGUCUCUAUGGCAAAAUCAUCACUUCAGAUCCCCAAAAAGAGCUAGAAAAUUUGGCAACAUCUUUGGAACAUUACAAAUUUAUUGUUGAUUACUGUGAAAAGCACCCUGAAGCUGCCCAGGAAAUAGAAGUGGAGCUAGAACUUAGUAAAGAGAUGGUGAGUCUUCUUCCAACAAAAAUGGAGAGAUUCAGAACCAAGAUGGCCCUGACUUAAUAAAACUUCAUUUUUAACGAAAGAAAAUGUGCAAUAUUGAAGAUGUUUUUCCCCUUAGUCAAACGGGCCCAAUUCCAUUGUUAUAUUUACUUUUAUAGCCAGAUGAGUACAAUUCGAACUUGAGAUACAGUCAGACCAAUUGAGUCUUUACUAGGACCUUAACAUAAAUGUAAUUAAUAAUUUAUAUUUAAUUAUGUAAAUUGACUUGUUAAAGUGACAUGUGAUUGGUAUUUUAGAGUGCAUGUUCCCUAUUUAAAUAUAAACUUUUCCUGCCUCAUUUUCUAAAGGUAGGUUCUUCAUUGUCUAGUACUUGAUGGAUCCUUUGAGAGGAAAAAUGCUGGUUAAUAAUACCUUGUAGACCAGCCUAUUAUUAAAAUUGAAAACGUCACUUCCUAUAAUACUUUCAACAAUAAAGAAUUAUUAAAAGAAAAAAAAAAAGUAACUUCCUCUAGUUAUUUUUUCCCAAGUGUUUACUUUCCUAAAUUCCCAAAGAAAUCUUUUUAUGUUGAAAAUAUUAAAAAACAGCCCUGACUGGUUUGGCUCAGUGGAUAGAGCGUUGGCCUGUGGACUGAAGGGUCCCAAGUUGGAUUCCGGUCAAGGGCAUAUACCUUGGUUGCGGGCACAUCCCCAGUAGGGGGUGUGCAGGAGGCAGCUGAUACAUGUUUCUCUCUCAUCAAUGUUUCUGACUCUAUCCCUCUCCCUUCCUCUCUGUAAAAAAUCAAUAAAAAAUGUAUUUUAAAAAUAUUAAAAAACUAAGUUAUGUUGUUGUAAAGUAUUGUAGUUUGUCUCAUUUAUAGGGGAUAAAAGCCUUGUUGGAAAUAUAAAUUUACUUGUUUCACUAAUAAAAACUUCCGUUU